AUGGAGGUCUCACUGCAGCAGCAGCAGCAGCUGCAGCAGCAUCCGCUGCAGCAGCAGCAGCAGCCCCAUCAGCUGCACCAGCAUCAGCUGCAACCGCAGCAGCCGCAGCAUCAGCAGCCGCAUCAUCAGCAUCAGCAGCAAAUGCAGCAGCAGCAGCAACAGCUGCAACAGCAGCAGCAGCUGCAGCGUGAUGAUUGCCCCUGUUUACUCGGGGUUCCAGGCAGCGGCAAAGCAGCAGCAGGAUCAAAGCAGCCGCAUGAGGGGUAUCCAGAUGAGUCUCCUAUUAGACCAUCAGGUGCUGCUGCUGCUGCUGCUGCUGCUGCUGCUGCUGGAGCUGGUGGUGCUGCUGGGACAUCGAGAGGCGGCGUUGCUGCAGCGCAGCAGACGGGGGGGAGUCGUGCUGCUGCUUUCAGCAGCAGAAGCAGCAGCGGGAGUUCUUUGAACAAGCAGCAGCCCCACCGCCACCGUCAGCAGCAGCAGCAGCAGCAGCAGCAGCAUUAUCAUAAUCGGCAGCAGCAGCAGCAGCAGCAGCAGCAGGGGCGCAGCAGCAUAACAGCAGGGCACGCGCGUUAUGCCCCAGCAGUCUGCGGUUCAGGCGGCGGUCGGAUGGGUUUGAAGAGCAGCAGCAGCAGCAGCAACAGCAGCAACAACAACAGCAGCAGCAGCAACCGUAGCAGUCUCUCUGGUUCUGCAGCAGCAGCAGCAGCAGCUGCUGCUGCUGCUGCUGCUGCUUCAGGGGGGCCCCCUCCUAUUCCUAUACCCCGCAUUACUGCUUGCCCCUGGUACCCUGAAGGUAAAUGCAACUUCGGCAUACACUGCAACUUCUUGCAUGCAAACUUAGACAUUAAAACACACAAAAAGAAAACGCAUGCCUUCCUAACACAACAAAUAGGGGGGGGCCCCCAACAGGGGGGCCCCCAACAAGGGGUCCCUCAACAAGGGGGGCCCCCUGGGGGCCCCCAUGGGGGCCCCCAGGGAGGAGGGCACUUUGGGGGGCCCCAUGGGGGCCCCCAUGGGGGCCCCCACGGGGGCCCCCAAGGGGCAAGGGCACAAGGGGGAGGAGGGCCCCCAAGGGAGAACAACAGGGGGGGGCCCCUGUGGGGUGUUGAGGGGAUGCAGGGGCCCCCAGGGGGGCCCCCCGUUGGGGGGGGCCCCGGGGGCCCCGGGGGCCCCCGAAUGAGCGGGAGGCAGCAGAACUCACGCAUGCAAGAAGGGGGCGGGGGCCCCCAAUGCAGCAUGCGUGAUGAUUCAGGAAGGGGGGGAAAUGCAUGCAGCCUGAUCGGAAGUUACAAUGCAGAAGAAGUGCAGCAGCAGGAGGGGCCCCUGCAGCAUCUUAACCCGUGGCUGAGAGGGGGGGGCCCCCCGCUGCAGCGCGAGUUGAAUGCCAGCGCUACAACGCCCAGUAGAUGGGGAAAACAGCAUCAGCAGCAUCAGCAGCAGCAGCAGCAACACAUGCUGUUGCUGCAGCAGCAGCAGACAAACGCGCUUGCAGCGGGGCCCCCCCGCUUCCCACCUGAGGGACCCCCUGCUGCUCGCGUGCAGCAGCACCAGCAGCAGCAGCAGCAACAGCAGCAGCAGCAGGGGUCCCCUCUUAACCACAGACAAGAACGCCAAAGACGCUUCGGAGGUGGAGGCCCUGCUGGAACUGCUGCUGCUGCUGCUGCUGCUGCUGCUGCAGUGGGGG